AAGAAAGAAAAUACGUACAAUACAUAAUACUUCCUCCAAAAAUAGUCAUAUUCAUAUCUAUCUGCUUUCAUUUCCAUCCAUACUGAUCACGGCCUGCUUUUUUAUGUCAUUCAUACUUCUCAUCUGUCAUCUCCUUUCUUCGCUUAUAUUUAUUGUGGCAGCCUUCUCUUUUCAUUAGGUUGAGUUAAGUUGAUCACAUUAUCUCUUCAUUUAUAUAUAAUAUCUAUUUCUGAAGAGAAAAAAGUUAAUCCAGAUUUUAGCAAAGAAGAAGAUGUUUAGGUUGAUAACAGGAAUUCCAGGUCCAACUGGUUUUGGAUCAGCUUCAACUGCUGAACAAGUCACACAAGGGAUUGAUGCAACUUCUCUUACUGUCAUCAUUACAGGUGGUGCAAGUGGAAUAGGGUUGGAGACAUCAAGAAUUUUGGCUCAAAGGAAUGCACAUGUGAUUAUUGGUGCAAGAAACAUGGAGGCUGCAAAUGAAGCUAAACAACUCAUUCUAAAGGAUAAUAAUAAUGCUCGAAUCGACAUUUUUAAACUCAAUCUUGCCUCUCUUAAAUCUGUCAAGGCUUUUGCUGAUCACUUCAUUUCUCUUAACCUUCCUCUCAACAUCGUAAUAAACAAUGCUGGAAUCAUGUUCUCUCCCUACCAGCUCUCUGAAGAUGGAAUAGAGAUGCAAUUUGCAACAAAUCAUAUCGGUCAUUUCUACUUGACUAGCCUUCUCCUUGACAAAAUGAAAGAAACAGCAAAGUCUACUGGCAUUGAGGGUAGAAUUGUAAAUUUGUCAUCGGUAGCACACAUCUAUACCUAUAACAAAGGGAUUCGAUUCGAGAGGAUUAAUGAAAAGACCAGUUAUUCAGACAAGAAAGCAUAUGGACAAUCCAAAUUAGCAAACAUAUUACAUGCCAACGAGCUCGCUCGACGUUUGCAGGCUGAGGGAGUAAAUAUUACUGUCAACACAGUGCAUCCAGGGUUGAUAAUGACAAAUCUCUUCAAACAUUCUGCUAUUUCAAUGAGAAUUCUGAAAUUCUUCACUUGUAUCCUAUGGAAGAAUGUCCCUCAGGGGGCGGCCACGACUUGCUAUGUUGCACUUCACCCUAAGUUAAAAGGUGUGUCGGGAAAAUAUUUCAUGGACUGCAACGAGUUUAAGCCAAGCAGGUUGGCAACAGAUGAAGCUUUAGCCAAGAAACUCUGGGAUUUCAGCAAUAAACUGAUCGAU